AUACUACUAGACGAUUGCGUCACUUCCGGCAGUUUAAACCUCGGAGCUUCUAAUUGACAAACUACGUGAUUCAUACCUAUCGCGGACUGAAAAAGUUCAGGUAGGUUGUGACGUUGGUCAUUACAUAUUCUUAGUCAACGCGGUUUCCUCAGUUACGCACGCGUGUUUACCGUUAACCGAUGCGUACUAUACCCGCCACAAAUAAUUGACAUUUAUCUCAAAGCGAUCCACGUUCGUCCGUGGAAUUGCAACUUGUUGUGCAACGUACAACAAGUUAAUUGUUAUUAUAUAAUUUCCAAACGAAAUCAGAUGAACUUUUCGAGACCUCAAAACCUUAAUACCUCAUUAUAUAAGAUAGUUAUUAUUUUAUUUUCGCAACUGGAACUGUUGGAUUAUUUCUCAUUUUUAUUCGAAGAGUGAUAUGGUUUUGAUUAUAACCAACCUCAUGGCCUGCCAAGAAUUCGUCGAUUGAACUCUGUACGAUAAUACAAAAAUGGAAAAUGCGUACGGGCAUUAUUCUAAUACGUACUAUAUUCUGAGUUAGAAUAAUAAUAUUCAUGAUUUUAUUUCAAGAAAUUGAUCAACGGAUAUCGAAGGACUGAUUCUGUUCAUUCGUUAUUACGAUUAUUAUACGGACAAGUUCUUUCGUAUUGAACAAAUAAAACGUCCAUAAAGGUUAUGACGAGAUUUCGUACGAACCUGUGAACAGGUCAUGAACACGUAUAACGUGUAUACGGAGCUUAAACAUUUGAAGAAUUUAUACUUAAAGUUAAUUGUUUGUAUACACUACAUAAUUCCAAAACAGCGUUGAGAAGUUGGACGUGCAUCUACCUAAUUCCAGUGAUUUGAAAUGGCGCGUUCGCGUACGGCGCAAGUUGCACUAUGCAAAUAAAAUGGGGGACAGAAUCGAGUGAUCGAGAAGAUCAAAUAUUCGUGUAUCGAGAGUAAUGCAGUGGAAAUACAUAGGACAUACCCGUAGAAACUGAAAUGGGCAUGAACAGAAAACGGGGACUUAACUUCCGGUUUCGGUAGUGAAAUAAAGUUUUGUCAUUGUGUUGCCGUUGUGCGUUGCGGGCUGACCGUCGUGAAGUGGGCAUCGUUAGUACCGAGUUGUGUGUACAUGAUAAAUGGCGGCUGACGAAAAAUGGUACUUUACGAAGGAACAGCUAAUAAAUACGCCGAGCAGAAGAUGUGGGAUCGACGCAGAUAAGGAACUGAGCUACCGGCAGCAGGCAGCCAAUUUUAUCCAGGAUAUGGGACAACGGCUCGUCGUGUCUCAAUUAUGCAUCAACACGGCAAUAGUGUACAUGCACAGGUUCUACGUGUUCCACUCGCUGUCACAGUUCCACAGGAACGCAAUCGCAGCGGCGGCACUGUUUUUAGCAGCAAAAGUCGAAGAACAGCCUCGCAAGUUAGAACAUGUUAUCAAAAUGGCACACAUGUGUCUCCACAGAGAUCAGCCCCCACCUGAUGUCAGAUCUGAGCAAUAUCUUGAACAAGCUCAAGACCUGGUAUUCAAUGAAAAUGUUUUAUUACAAACAUUGGGGUUUGAUGUCGCCAUUGAUCACCCCCACACGCAUGUUGUUAGAUGUUGUCAACUGGUUAAAGCGAGCAAGGACUUAGCCCAGACUUCAUACUUCAUGGCAUCUAACAGUUUGCAUUUGACGACGAUGUGUCUACAGUACAAGCCAACAGUGGUGGCCUGCUUCUGUAUACACCUUGCUUGCAAAUGGUCGAAUUGGGAGAUACCUCAGAGCACAGAGGGCAAACACUGGUUCUGGUAUGUCGACAAGAGCGUUACGUCCGAGCUUUUACAAGAGCUCACCUCGGAGUUUCUUCACAUUUUCGAUAAGUGUCCAUCAAGAUUGAAACGGAAGAUAAUGAGCAUAUCUGCCAAUCAAAGUCCAAGCAUCAAUCAUCCUAGUUUACCAAAUUCACCUUUCGACACGGAACCUCGUAAGGUACAAUCUCCCGCGACGACGGCCGACGGACCAACAUUCCAUACGAAUCGACCUCAUCAAACGGAGAAGCAAGAAGAAAAGAAGAAUGUUCCUGUUUCGACGAGGCCUCCAGUGGACUACCGUGAAUAUCGGGAGAAGAAGGAGCGGGAACGUUUAGAAAGGGAGAAGGCUUCGGCAAUUCCGGCGACGGCCGCGCAGAGCCAUGCGUCGGACGUCAACAAACAUCAUCUGCAUCAUCACAAGGCUGUAUCUAAUACAAACGUGCUGAACAAACAUCCGUUGCCUCUCGCGCAAAAGAGUCUUCACCAUAAUCAUCACCACAGACCGGACAUCAAAGUCGGGCAGCUGGUGCCUCAGAGGCACUCGAGCAGUACUCAAGCUAGGGAACCAAAUCGCGACCCGAACAGGCAGAGGUUACAGAGAGAGUACAAUUCGAACACAAGUAAUAGUAGUAGUAGUAGCACCCUUCACUCUCAUAGUCACGGAAUAGCGAAGGAUCCGAGCAUGGACAGUUCCUUGUCAGAUACCGUUGCUCACAGAUCGGACGGUGGAACGCUACAGGAUCCGAUGUCUCACGGGAGUCUUCAAGAGAAGCUUAGUAAUAAUAAUCAUAGUGUACACAGAUUGAGCGGGCUGGAGGGUAAACACCAACCGCACGAUAAGAGAAUAUACGAUCCGAGGCACAAGCCGGUCGAGCAUAGGAAGGACGGCGAGCAGAAGCCUUACAAGUACCCGGAUCCGAUGAGAAUCGAUCGGCAGAGGAAGUCCGACACGUUGGAGCAGAGAUGCGAGGAAGUAAGGAAGCUCAUCGAGAAGCCGUUACCUCCGCCUAAACCGACGCUCGACGUAUCUUACACUUCGAGUAUACAGAAACCAUCGCAUCAUACGAAGUAUAGUCAGUCCGAGAAACUUCAGAGCAAUAGCGGGUCGAUCGAGUCGAAACUUGCCCCUGGCCAGUCGUUGACGCAAGAGAAGUCUCCGAAUAGUUUGUUGCUCGCUCAGAAACAGUUAACGUCGAAGACGAUGUCGAGCCAGCAUACAGCUUAUGGCGUUUCUCAGAUAUUGAAGGACACGAUGAAAAAUGGUAGCUCGCAAUCAUCGAGUUUGCCCUCGUUAAACAAUCUUGACGAUCCGAAAACUGAAAAACGACCGCGGCACGAAGAUACAGAGAAGAAUACGUCCGAUAUUCAACAAAGUGUAUUGCAAACACCUCCCACUAAGCCGAAAUCGCUGUUCAGUCCGGAAAAAGUGCCGACGCCUCGGGAAUCGCAUUCGCAAAGGCCUAAGACCAAGCAAAAGACGCCGCCCUCAGCCGCAAAAGUUCCUAAACCAGAGCGAGUACCAGAUACGUCGUUAGGGUUUAAUUUAGUCUCGCCUUUCGCUAGCCCGCCGGGGUUGCAACUUCAAGAACCACAGCCAGUGAAGCGAUCGGCAAGCGACAUCUCCUCGACGUCUCACAAGAGGCAUCGCACCGGAAGCGUCAGCGAUGGUGGCCAACAGACAAAGGUCAAAAUGGAGGAUACGACCAGUUUAGAGGCCGCCAAGAUGCUGGGCAGAGUACCAGAGCUGAUACAACCGAUUCGAGACAAUCUGUCAGCGAACGGGAGAGCCACGCAGAUCGCGAAUGACAUGAAACCACCGGAACUGAUCAAGCCUUUCGACUCUGAACCGAUGCUAUCGCGUUACGGUACGAUACCCGCGCAGCAACAGGUCUCGUCGAAUCAGCAAGGUUUGACCAACGGUUUAGAUACGAGUGCAGUGAAACAGGAAGCGCAAGAGUUUCCGAUCAGAAAGGAACAAGGUUAUAAGACAGAUAUGCCGAUAAAGAUCGAGCAUACUCAGAUAAAGAGCGAGUAUUUAUCGCCGAUGAAAUCUGCUCAGAGUAUAAGUGCACUGCUCCAGGAGCCUCUGGCGCCGAUGCCGUCGUUGUUGCAGAGCAUUCAGCAGUUCAGUCAAAUGCAUCAAGAACAGUUUCGACAACAAUUGCAACAGCAACAGCAGCAGCCGUUGCAACAGCCGCAGCAUCAACUGCCUAUGUCGAUGUUGCUCACGCAUCAGGAACCUGUACAGACCCAGGGCUUGUCGUCGGUUAACGAGCCAGUGAUAGCUUCGACCGUGGACAUCAGCGCUAUUUCUGGUCCGAUACAAACCACGGCGGAGUCUAUUCUCUCUGUGCCGACGUCGACGACGUUAACGGUCGCACCGCCGGCAGAGGAGAAGAAGUCGGAACACCACAAGAGCGAAAAGAAGAAAAAGAAGGAGAAGCAUAAACACAAAGACAAAGAGAAGUCCAAGGAGAAGCACAAACAUAAGCAUAAAGACAAGGACAAAGAGAAGCAUCGGGAGAAGGAUAAAGAGAAGAGCGAAGAGGCUGUACCCACGGUACCGAUUAAAAUUACUAUUCCUAAAGAUAAGUUGAAUCUGAGCACGGAAUCGACGGGGAGUACCACCGGAGGCGUAGCGACUGUCGGUGACAAGAACAAAUCCCCUCAGAACACGAGUAUCAAGAUAAUUAUCCCGAAGGAGCGACUGAAGGGAACGGACAGUGUGUCCAGUUCUCCGCAGUCCGUCGUUCAGGCUCCGUUGAAAAUAAAGAUCCGCACGGAUGGUAUCUCGAGGAGUGCGCCGUCGGCGACUGGCGGUUCCAGCAUCGUCGCGGAGUUCGCUACCAACGAGAAUAUCCGGAAGCGCGAGCGUUCCGAUGUAAAGGAGACCCUGGUGACCAGUGUACCACCGACGAAGAAGCAGUCGCAGGUCUCGUCAGCGGGAUAUGGACAGCAUCGACCCGGAGAACGGCAGAAUGGGAGACACUAUAGUUCGGGCAGUAAUAACAAGGAGAAACACACGUCUAGCCAUCAUAGGAGUUCCAGCAAACUGUCGCAGACCCACACUUCGUAGUAUCCGGACGUCGGUAGAAGAGGAUGCCGAUGAAGAUCCGUCAGGAAGCGACCCGACCGAGCGACCACCUAAAGGGGAGAGGUCAUCCCGUUUUGUUUCUUCUUCGUUCAUGUUGGAACUUGGCCGAUCUCGUUUCUCGUAAUCGUUCCGAAUGACCAAGAAGAAACGAAAAUCGUACGGAGGAUUGUCCGCUGGAUAGCGCGGCGAGGAUCAUAAUUUCCGGAACAUGGUGGCACCCUCCACGUUAGCAAGAAUUUAACGUAAAUCAAUCAGUGAUCGUUUCCGAUUAGUAAAAUGAAGAAAAAGAAAACGAGGUAAAUAAUUGUUCUUGACUCAGGUGAAAUUAGAUACGCGAUAAGUUAAAAAAGAAAGAAAGAAAGGAAGAGAGCAUUUCAUUUCGUCCUUGAUCAUUGGAUUUUGCGACUGAUUUCCACGUCGGCGUUCUUUGUUAUUUGCUCUUAGAAAUACCAGACGUAUUCUUUCGUCCAUCGAGAAAAUACGCCUUGUAUCGAUCCGGUCCUCGAGAUCAAUUUCAAAGUUUGGUUUGCGUGAUAUUAUAUCUACUUCGUCCCCAGGCGAACGAUCAGCGUAUUGCGUCGAGGCGAUCAUUCUAUUUCUUUCACGAGUCAUGCACUUCUUCCUCUUGCUAAGCGAGAUUUUGAUUUUCGUCUCAGGGGCUACUAUCCUUAUUUCUUAUUCCGUUCAACUGCCACAUUUUCCUGUGCAUCGAAGAACGCGAGAUACGAUCGCGUAGCUACACAGCUAUUAAAUUGAUCGUCGAUCGAUUCGUUGAGCAGGGACCUCUUUAAAUAGAUAGAAAGCUCGAUGAGCCGAAUCACACAGUUUCACAAUCGUUCACUGAAUUAAAGAUGCGCAAUGUUUUCUGCCACUUCUUUCCAAUGAUAUGUGCAUCGUCCAUUUAUCACAGUUGUAAUAUGAAUUCAUCCAUCAUUAUCAUGUUCAGUUCGUCAAGUGAAUCAAAAGCUGUAUAUGAAAAUUGAAUGCGUAUUCAUGGGGGAUACGUCGGGCGCAUAAUUGCGUGGUUAUUAAUUGUACCAGUAUAGUAUUUUAGCGGCCGAUCUUACCGGUCACUUCUCUUCGGAGAUCGAUUUCCUACAAGUGUCCCUGACUGAACGAAUCGUUUGCGCGAAGCGGAGAAAAACUUGGUCCACGUCCAAUGAUAUUUAUUCGUGCCGUUUCGUUAUGUACAUAGCCGAGAACCGCAUAAUAUAGUAAGUAAUUCAAGUUAUACUAUCGUCACUUAGUAUAAAGGACUAUAGGUAAACGAUUAAUAAUUAUUGUCAGACUGUAAAUAAAAUUAUUUUGUAUGCCAAAAUAAACCAAAUGAAUGACGUCGACACACACAUAUUACGGUUACACUAUCGCGUUACUCCACACGACGUAAGAAUUACAUAUUGAAACGAUGUAAAAUGAGAAUGGUACAAGUUGCAGUACGCGCGAUCAAAUUAACGAGUCAGUAAUCAUUUUCGAAAGAGUCACGUUCGAACGCGUAUACUUAUAUUCAGCGACACACAGUUAAAUACUCGUUUCUAUUCUCUGUAGGUAUUAUUUUUUAAGAAGAACCGAUGAUAGAGUUGCAUUGUACUACCGCUAAAGUAUAUUGCGAACGGCCGUGCGUACUGUAUUAAAAAACGAAGAAGCAUCAUCGAUCAUUUGUCUCACGCGUAUUUCAUACCGAGCAUUCGUUGCGUUCUGAUUCUGAAACGAGCAGCUAUAAUAAUAAUAUUAAUAUCGAUUAACAUUUAAAUAACGGUUAUAUUAUAAUAACACCAACAUUAAUAAUGAUAAAUGAUAAGAACGUAAAGAAAAAAAAAAGAUAAGUUUUGUGAAUUUUAAAACUAAUUCACAAUUCGCAUAGCCAUUCUUCGGCGUUCUUCUUCUUUCCUGUGCAUAUCGGAGGUUUGCACCGCGUCGAAAAGACGCGACGGAGGAAUAUGUAUUUAUUGAUAACACGAUAAGCUGAACGAAUGUGAAAACAUUUAGAUUCGUGGAUUAUAAUACAAAUUAUAUCGAAGCGCGUUUCGAUGUGUUCGUCCAACGAACAGAUGAGAUGAACGAGGAAAA